AUGGAGGUUGGUAGCCUGCCAGUGGAGCUGUGGCAGCUCAUCUUAUCCUACCUGUGCCUUCCAGACCUGGGCCACUGCAGCUUGGUCUGCAGGGCCUGGUAUGAUCUUGUCCUGAGCCUGGACAAAACAUGCUGGCGGCAGCUCUGUCUGGGCUGCCUUGAGCACAGACACCCCAACUGGCCUAAACAGCCUGGUUUGGAGCCACAGUCUUGGAGAGAGGCCUUCAAACAGCACUACCUGGCCUCCAAAACCUGGACCAAAACCAUGCAGGACUUGCAGUCCUCCAACUGCCUCUCUCUUUUUCAGAGGAGGAAGGGCUGGCACCAGCUCUGUGUUGACACAGGGGCCGAGUUCAGCAGCCUCCAGGCAGCCCUUGCUGCCGCCAGCCCCUAUGACUGGCUUGUGCUGCUUCCUGGUGUGCACAAGGAGCAGAGCGAGAUGCUGCUGAAGGUGCCCGUGGAGGUCGUGGGGCAGGGCAAACUGGGGGAAGUGGCACUGCUGGCAAGCAUUGACCAGCACUGUCCCACUGCCUGCUUCUGCAGUGUGGUCUUCAUGCCAUCCCGCUUCACCUCGGUACUCUACAAGACAAGCUCAGAUUAUGUCCCAUUCGACAGUUGCAACUUUGAAAGUGGGCAGCUGCAGAUCAAUGCACCAGGGACAUGCCAGGUGAAGUUCUGCACCUUCAGCCAGUCCAGCAUCCAUCUCCACAAUGUGGCCCUCUGCAUCCUGGAGAACUGUGAGUUCACCAGCAGUGAGAAUGCUUCUGUAACUGUGGAGGGCUGCCCAAGCUCUGACCAUAACUGGGCCUUCAAGCACCUGGCCAUGCUGGCCAAAUCCCAUGCAGUGUCCGUACGGGAGCCCGACCCACCUGGCUGCCCUUUGGCCAAGCGGGGUGGCUGGGGAGGAUCACUGCUGGGGCCAGUGAGAAUAUGUGAGAUUGUUGUAGGGGAAGAACAAAGCAGCUUCCUCUCUGCUGUGGGUGCUCACACCCUGCACAUCUCAGCCCAGGAGGGCAUUGAAUUCAGAGAGAACUUGCAGGCAGCAAAGGAAGAGGAAUGCCCAGCCCUUGACUCAAACUCUAGUGACAGUGACUUAAACAGCGACGAUGUAGAGAAUGCUCAGGCUGCCUACAAACUGCCCUAUCAAGCUCGCAUCCUGACUCACAUGACCGCUAAUGUUAUGGACAGCAGGCUUCAAAGCAACAUACUGCACACCCUUCAGAGGGACCUUAAACUCAAGUCUCUGCAGCAGGAGCUGCAGCAGGACAAGGAGGCCCAGUCUUUGGAGCUGCAAGGCUGCAUCGUCCAACAGUGCCUUUUCAGGGAUGGGAAGGGAGGACUAUUCAUUUAUUCGCGAGGGCAAGCAAAACUCGAAGGAAGCAUCUUCAGGGAUCUUACCUAUGCAGUGCGCUGCAUACAGAACAGUAAGGUUAUCAUGUUGAGGAAUGACAUCCAUUGUUGCAAAGCAUCAGGCAUAUUCCUGCGCCUGUCAGCGGGAGGCCUGACUGCAGACAACAACAUCCAUUCUAACUGUGAGGCUGGAGUGGACAUUCGUAAAGGAGCCAACCCCUUUGUUCUGUGCAGUAAGAUACACAGUGGUCUUCGCUCAGGCAUUGUCAUCGUUGGCAAUGGAAAAGGCAUCAUCCGUAGCAAUCAGAUCUAUGGAAAUAAAGAAGCUGGCAUUUAUAUUCUGUAUAAUGGAAAUCCUGCUGUGAGUGGAAACCAUAUUUUCCAGGGACUGGCUGCUGGAAUAGCAGUGAAUGAGAAUGGGUGAGGCCAGAUCACAGGGAAUGUCAUCUACAAGAACCAGUGGGGUGGAGUAGACAUCUGCCAUGGGGGCGACCCAGUCCUCAGGAACAACCUCAUCUCUUGGGGCUACUCGGAUGGCGUGGUGGUGGGUGAGCGUGGGAAGGGCCUCAUUGAAGGAAACACCAUUUACGGAAACAAGGGCUGUGGGAUGUGGAUGAUGUCCUCCAGCCUCCUGCACCUCGUCAACAACUAGAUCAGCCACAACAGCAUCUAUGGAGUAGCAGUGUUCUGCCAUAAGGAUGCUCUUGACUACUCCCCUGGUCAGGGGCGCAGCGAGAGCUUCCAGGAGGAGAGGAAGGGUGCCGGUGGGGAGAACAAUCCUGACAGUGAGGGGGAGCACCCAGCUGCCCACCAUGCCAUCACUGUGGCACUGGUGGAAUUGAACAGCAUCAACUACAACGGAGGUGAGCUCAAGGCCUGCUCCUCUUCUUGGGCGAGCGGGGUAGUGGUGGUGCAGAGCAGCCAGCUGACACACGUUGCCAACAACAGCAUUUCCUGUAACAGCCAGGGAGGCAUGCUGGUGGAGGCUGAGUGCCACGUGGAGAUAUGUGGAAAUAGCAUCUACGAGAACCACAGCAAUGGCAUCGUCUCCAGGGGAGAGGGCAUCAUCACAGAGAAUGACAUCAUUGGCAACCACCGGUGUGGCCUUCAGCUGCUCCAGGCAGCAGAUAUGAAGGUAACCAAGAACAGAAUCCAAUCCUUUCAAGACUAUGGCAUUGCUCUUUUUGAUGAAGCCGGAGGCCUGGUGCAGGAAAACCUCAUUUUCCAAGGGAGAUCCAAGAAAUCCAUUUUGCGACCAAUAUCAAAUGCAGAGGAUUGCAUCAUCCAAAACAACAUGCUUCUUACCUUCAAGAAAAGGUUUGAUAUGGAAUGCAUGCUGAUCAACCCCCCAGCACAGCCUCACAUCGAAGGAGGUGCCCUGGGGUCCUGCACGGCGGCUGGAGGUCAGAGGGUUUCCAGCAUAACCACCAGGGUGGAUGGGGGCUGCCACAACCAUAGGAGCAUCUUCUGCACCAUUCUUUGA